AUGUGUCCGUGGAAGGGUCAUCUGUCUUUCAAGGUGUACAGUCCUAACAAGCCAAACAAGCAUGGAAUAAAGCUGUACAUGGUGUGCAAGAGUGUAUCGGGAUACUGCAGCCAGAUGGACGUCUACACAGGAGCGCUCCACCAUCCAAAUCCUGUCGAAGAAGAGGAGGCCUAUGGAACAAAUUUCAAUGCUGUCAUGGGCCUCCUGCACUCCUGUGGAUUUCUGAACAAAGGUUAUAAGAUUUACUUGGACAAUUACUUUUCAAGUCCCAUACUGUUCGACCAUCUGGCUGCAGAGGACACUAUGGCUUGUGGGACUGUGAGGCUUUCGCGGGCCGAAAUGCCUCGCGCCUUGAAAGACAGAAAACUAGAAGCUGAUGGAGUGAUCUACCGCAGGCGGGGAAAUCUUUUGGCACUCAAAUGGAAGGAUAAGCGGGAAGUCUCAGUCUUGUCGAUGAUGCAUCAGGCUGAGAUUGGAUGCACAGCUCAGCGACGUAGUAGGUUGACACCGGUUGUCAAACCUAUUGCAGUCCUUGAGUACACCAGGUACAUGGGGGGUGUUGACAGAUCUGAUCAGAUGUCACAGUACUUCAGUGUGCUGAGGAAAACAAAUAAGUGGUGGAAGAAACUGACUCUUCAACUUCUUGCCAUAUUGGGUGCUAACACAUUCAUAUUGUGGCAGAAGUUUGGACGAGGCGGUUUCAGUCACCAUGACUUUGUUCUCUCCAUUGUCAAGAGUCUGAUCGAGUCUGCCAACACCGCACCUGUACCUGGUGCCAAGCGAGGGAGGAAGGCUGUUGGACCUGUUCCAGUCAGGCUGAAUCCCUCUGCUGGCCACUUCCCCUGUAGUAUCAAGCCUCAGCCUGGUGCAUCAAACAUGAAACCUCUUAGACGGUGUACAGUACACAAGGAGAGUGGUGAGCGAAAGGAGACGCGAUAUAUGUGUGAGGUGUGUAUGGAGCCCCUGUGUAUUGAACCCGGUUUUAAGAGGUUUUACACGCUACAAGACUACAGACUUCCUGCUGAAGAGUAA